UCUGCGAUACCCCAAUGCGAAUCAAAUUCUAGUCUCUCCCCCUGCAGAGCAGCGACAACAACAAUAUCAAACCUUCGUCUCCGAUCUCUCUCUCUGUGGACAUAAAAUUUUCUAGAUUCUCCUUCACAUUCUUCCUCAAAAAACUCUCAAUAUCUGGCGGUUCACCCUAUUUCCAUAUAUAUGUACAUCUAUAAUUGUCGAUCUCGCGGUUAGUGUUAAUCGAUCUGAUCAGUCAAAGUCUCUUCAAGUUCAACCUUCUGGUUUUCGGUAACCUAACCGGACAGUAGUGUCAGUUUCUGAUUAGUAUUUCACCGGUGGUAUGUUGUUAUGAUGGAAUCUAUGUGAUUUUAUUUUUUUUGUAGUUAUAACCGAAAGUUCAAACUAGGGUUUUAAUCGGAGUUUUGGGUUUUGUAUUCUUUAAUAUUGGUGGUGCUCAAUAAUAGUUAUGCCGCGAAGUUCAAGGCACAAAUCGGAUAAAGAAAGCAAGCACGGUUUGAAGGAGUCGAAGUAUUGCGCGGACUCGGAGGAGGAUGUGAAGAUGAAGGAAAGGAAUAAUAGCAAGGAGGAGGAUUUGGCUAGAGUUUCCAAGGAUUCUGGCCGUUCCGCUUCCGGUGAGAAGCGGAAGCUUGGUAGAGAGGGUAAAGAUCUGUCUGGUCACGGGAAUGUCAACGGUGAUGCUUCGGAAGAGUAUGCGGCCUCAAAGCGUAGGAAAGAAAAGGCGGCUGAUGGCAGUGGCGGUGGUGAUAGGUGGAAGGGCGGUGGGGAUGAGAAAGGCGAGGGUGGGGCUAAAGAGAAGGAAUUGAAAGGGGAAAGUUCGAGAAUUGAUUUGGAGAAAGGUUUUAAGUCGAAGGAAUCCAAGGUUUCAGGUGAUUCAAAGAGUAAGAGCAGUAGGAGGCAUGAGAGUGGUGGAGAUAAGGAGGAGAAUGUGGGUUCCACAAUGGAGAAAGAGGAGAGUAAGAGUCGUACUAGAUCUGAUUCUAAGAGGAAGAGUGAAAAAGAUUCUGGGCGGAAAGAGGGCGACCAGAAUAAGGAUAUGAAGGAAGGCAAGGAAAAGGAACGUGGGUCGGGGAAGGAGAGGAAGGCUCAGGACUGUAAGCGUGAUGUGGAAGUGUUUACUGGGAAUGAGAAAGUAGCAAAGAAGCAAGGAUCGCAUUCCGCGGAGUUGGGCGAAGAAAGACAGAGCAAACGUAGUAGAGAAAAUACUGUCUUGCCUCUACAAGAUGAAGUACGAAAUCCAGGGAUAGAGAAAGAACUUGAGAAAAGGAUACAGAAGAGAAGAGAUGGCUCUAGUGAUAAACAUCAGGAUGAUCUAAAAGGAAGUGAUGAUAAACGAUUAUCUUCGAGAGCUGACCAUGCCAAGGAUGGAAGGUACAAGGAUGGAACUUAUGUAGAUAAGUAUCUGAAAGAUGAUGACAAAGAUCAUAUACAAAGGGAUGAUAAGUAUCAGGAAGAUGGUGUGAGAGAGAGCCGACAUAGGGAUGUUAAACAGUGGGAAGAUCGGAGGGAUAGUAGACAUAAGGAAGAUAAGUAUCGGGAAGGUGACGACAGAGAAUAUAGACACAGGGACGAUAAGUAUCAUGAAGAUAGUGAGAGAGACAACAGGCGCAGGGAUGAUAAGCAUCGUGAAGAUAGCAACAGGGAAGACAGCGGCAAGAAGGAGAACAGACUGCUGGAUGAUAAAUAUCGUGAAGAUGGUGAUAUAGAUAACAAACAUAGGGACAAGAAGUAUCGUGAUGACAACGAGAGAGAUAAGAGGCGCCGUGGUGAUAGAUAUCGUGACGAUGGUGAGAAAGAUGAUAGACACAGGGAUGGUAAGUAUAGGGAGGAUGGCGACAGAGAAAAUAGACAUAAAAAAGAGAAGCGUCAAGAAGAUGUUGACAGAGACAGUAUACAUAGGGAUGGCAAGCAAGGAGAUGACGCUGACAUAGAGAAGAGACUCCGGGAUGUAAAGUUCAGGGAUGAACGCCUCUCAAGAGAUCACACCAGUGAUAAAUCUGAUUUUCAUUCAAGGGAUGAGACUAAUACUGCUGAUGUAUAUCGUAGGAAAUCAAGUGUACGUGAUGGUAGCCCAAGUUAUGAUGAUCGAGUCACCGGGCACAAAGAUGAUCAGCGAAGGAGAAGAGCCAAUGAUAAAGAGGAUCAUGGUGAUAUGAGAUCCCGAAGUGCCAUAGAGCUUCGUUCUGAUGCAGAAAAGAGAUCAAUGAGCAGUGCUAAAGUAGACUUGGUCACUGAUAGAGGGAGGUCUAGCACACGGAAUAAUGAUGUAGAAGUUGGUCUAAAUUACAGCAGGCGGAGGAGUUCACCUAGCUCAAGUUCUCAUGCGGGCUACAGGCUUUCAAAGCAAGAAGAAUCUAAGUAUAGGGAUUAUGCUUAUGAAGAGAGAGCUCGGCAUAGUGUACCGUCUGGUAGAGAAUAUGCUACUGCUGCUGGAAUAACUGAUAAAAUUUCAUCAUCUUGGUCAGUUGGGAAACCCAUCCAGAAGGAAGACAGUCAUUUUGGUGAGUUGUCAGGGGAAAGGCGUCUGAAAUCGGAUGCCCAUGCUUCACCAUUACAGAUGGUGGAUAAAUCCCCAUCAUCGAGGAGUGCUGACCGCCGACACUUGGAUAGAUCUGAUGUUAGGCGAAAUCUUGAUGUUGAAGAAUUAGGGCAGAGGAGUGGUGGUUCCAAGGAUACACGAGACUAUUCUGGUAAAGAAGGCAGAGAAAGUCGCGAGUUGCCUAUGGAGAUAUUUCCAGGAGAUGAGGAUGGAGACAAUUUAUCAGUUUCUUCACCUUUCUCUAGAACUGGACAGUUUUAUGGCAAUUCCAAGUCUCUUCUACAUCCUCCUCCCUCGUACAGGACAGGGGUUGACAGUCCAUUAGGUUUUGGUUCUUCCGAGGUUGACAACAGAGGCAAGUCAAUCAAUCGUCAUAGGAGAAUUGGAGAUCCUAACUUGGGAAGAGUUCAUGGAAACGCAUGGAAAAAUGUUCCCAACUGGCCUUCCCCGGUUGCAAAUGGUUUCAUGCCUUUCCAACAUGGUCCACCUCCUGUUAGUUUUCAUCCAGUGAUGCAGCAGUUUCCUGCUCCACCAAUGUUUGGUAUUAGACCUUCAAUGGAAUUAAGCCACACUGGGGUUCCUUACCAUAUUCCUGAUGCUGACAGAUUUUCUGGCCAUGGGCGUCCACUUGGAUGGCGGAAUCCCGUGGAUGACUCCUGCCCUCCUCCCUUGCACGGAUGGGAUGCAAACAAUGGUGUCUUUGGUGGUGAAUCUCAUAUUUAUGGAAGGUCAGAUUGGGACCAUAGUAGAACCCAAAUGAGCAGUCGGGGUUGGGAAACAAGCGGAGACAUGUGGAAGGGGCAGAACAGUGGUGCGAGUAUGGAGUUGCCUUCUGCUUACCAGAAUAAAGAUCUUUCAGCUGUUGGACCAGCAGAUGAGGUUUGGGCUAACCGGUCAGGUCAGCAAGCUCAGAAUGAACAAAAUCAACUCAAUCUUCUGGCAGAGAGCAUUGACAUUGAUCAGUCCACUGAUGCUCUUGAAAGGAACACUCCUGAAGCUCCCAAGACUCUUUCUGAGGAGAGCCCUGACAUUUCUAAGAUGUCAAGAAAGGAUGAUAGCCAUCUUUUCCUUGUUUAUCUCUCCAAGCUUGACAUCUCCACAGAACUGACUCAACCCGAGUUGUAUAACCAGUGUUCAAGCUUAAUGAAUAUGGAUCUGAACACAGUAUCUGAUGAAGAUAAUUCUAAUACGUUCUAUAUGCAGAAGGUCAUAGAAGCCAAAGUAAGGAUACCAACCAAAACUUCUAGCACUUCGCUGUUUUCCUCCAUAAAUGAUUCUGUAUUUCAGAAAUCCAUGUCCCUUUACAAGAGGCAGCGAAAAGAAACUAGAGCCGUAAAUGGUGAGAAAAUAUCCUUUGCAAAUGGUACUCCUACAUCUGUUCAGGGAGGAGCAGCAGGUUCAAAUGAUGGUAAAGAAGAGGAGUUGGCUCUGGCUUGUGAUCAGCAAGAGGCUGAGGGAGCACUUCCAAAUUCUAGUAAGGGGGAAGCUGAGCAGACAAUUAGUCUUCAGAAGCUAGAGGUGGUUUAUGCAACUGCUUAUCCGAAGCUUGAUGAACCAAUUUUAGCUGACACACUGGAGAAAUCAGAAGAGCCUAUUUCUAAUUUGAACAUGGUGAAAAUGGAGGUGGAUCCCAGAGGGGAACGAUCUGAUGCUCACUCGCAUAAUAAGAUUGGAGAUGUGAUCAAGUCUAUUGAUUCCGGAAGCAAUCAUGCUGCAAUUAACUGUGAGGAUCAAAUUUUUUUGGAUACCAAGUGUGGUCCAUUGCUUUUUUCUGACGUGUCCUCUGGGGCAUGUGAGGCAGUGAUGCCAGAGUCAAUUGAGUCUGGGUUAGUAAAUUUAAGUCGGAUACAUCAUUCACCUGAAAGUACACAUUGAAACAAUUUAUAUUUCCUUGAGUUUUUGAGAUGCCAUUCAUGCUUGAAAUCCUGCAUCCUAUGAUAUAAGCCGUGCUUGCUGCUCAUGUUAGUUAAUCAAUAAAAG